AUGGAUGAUGAGCCAGAGUUUAUUGCUGCCAAGGAAGAUCACUUUGGAGAGACUGCUGUUCUCUCGGAUGCCAAGGAUGUCCUCACUCACGUUAUCCACGUCGAUGAUGAUCCAUCUUUGAGCCCAUGGACUUUCCGAGCUUUUUUCUUGGGUGUCGGAUUGGCCAUCUUCGCUUCCGUGCUUCAGGAAAUCUACUACUUCAAGCCCCAAGCUAUCUACGUCUCCAUCGUCUUCAUGACCGUCAUUGGAUAUGCUCUCGGUGAAACCUUGGCUCUGAUCCCAAGAAAGGGUGCUUUCUUGACUUUCUUGAACCCUUUCCCAUUCAAUUCAAAGGAGCAUGCAUUCAUUGUCAUCAUGGCCUCUGCUGCGGCCACCAAUGCCGUCUCUACUGAGAUUCUGGCUGCCCAGAGACUUUACUAUGGAAUGGAUCCCAAUCCUGGAGCGGCCAUCUUCUUGGUUAUCUCCUCUCAAUUGUUGGGUUUCGGUAUUGCAGGUCUCCUGAGAUCUGUGCUGGUUCAGCCAACUAGAAUGUUGUGGCCCAUCAACAUUCCCGUUGUCACUCUCCUCGAAACUCUCCACAGAGAUAAGCGCGAGACCAGAUUCCGUCUCAGGGUCUUUUGGAUCGUUUUCUGCAUCCUCCUCGUCUGGGAAAUCAUUCCUGAAUGGAUGUUCCCGCUCCUCCAAGGUCUUUCCAUCUUCUGUCUCGCCAAGCAGAACUCCCUGCUCUUCACCAACCUCUUUGGUGGUUCUCAAGGAAACGAGGGUCUUGGUUUCCUGUCCAUCUCCUUUGAUUGGCAGUACAUUGCUAGUUUGGGUUCUCCCAUGUGGCUGCCUCUUUACACUUUGACGAACAGCAUGAUCGGAUACUUGCUCUGCAUUGUCCUCUUCAUGGGCAUCUACUACGGCAACAUCUGGGAAUCUCAAAACUUCCCCUUCAUGUCCCAACUUCUGUUCGACAAUUCCUCCAACGCAACCGUCUUCUCAGAGUACGACCUCAGCUUGAUCCUCACUCCCGAAAACUUCAUCAACAGAACCGGUCUCGAAGAGAACGGUAUCCCAUACCUGACUGGAACCUACAUCGGCUACCUGAUCACCACCAACAUGGGUCUCACCGCCACCAUCGUGCACAUGUUCCUCUGGAACUUCGACGACAUCAAGAACGGUUGGUACUUCCUACACCCAUCCCAACUAAAGAAGGUCCUCCAACCCUCCUUCUGGACCUUCUGGAAGGGAGGCAAGACCCAAGAACAGCACCGCCGAGAGGUCCUCGAGAACCCGGACAUGGAUCCCCAUUACAAGAUGAUGGUCCAGGAAGGCUACAAGGAGGUUCCCAACUGGUGGUACGGCUGCGUGCUCAUCGGCAGUUUCGCCGUCGGUUUGGGCACGUUGUAUGGUAUUGAGUCCACGCUGCCGUGGUGGGGAUACAUCAUCUCGAACAUCUUUGCCUUUGUGUUUAUCUUGUUCUUUGGCGCUCAGAUGGGUAUUACCGGUUUCCAGUUCAACCAACAACCCAUCAUCCAGAUGGUCGCCGGUUACAUGCACCCUGGAAAGCCACUCGCAAACAUGUACUUCACCGUCUUCGGCUUCAACGGCGUCCAACAAGGCCAAUGGCUCUGCCGCGACCUCAAGAUCGCCCAACUGACCCAUCUCGCACCCCGCGCCACCUUCACCGCGCAAAUGACCGGCGCCGUCAUCGGUGGCAUCUUCAACUACAUCAUGAUGAAAACCAUCGUAACAAACCAAUUCCACAUCCUCACCUCCAUCGAGGGCUCCAACAUCUGGUCCGGUCAGAACGUGCAGCAGUACAACACCCUCGCCAUCGCCUGGUCCAUCGCCGGCGACAUGUUCUCCAUCGGCGCCAGGUAUCAAUGGGUUACGAUCGCGUAUCUCCUCGGAUUCAUCGUGCCCGUCCCGUUCUGGGUGCUGUAUAAGUACACGAAAAUCGAGUUCUUCAACUACAUCAACCUGUCCAUCAUCCUCUGGUACAUGGGCUGGCUAUUCGUGGGCGUCAAUUCCUCUAUCCUAUCCUACUUCGCGAUCGGCUUCUUCGCGCAGUACUACCUGCGGAAAUACAAACCGGCGAUCUUCGUCAAGUAUAAUUACCUGGUGUCGGCGGCGCUGGAUGGAGGGACCCAGGUGCUGGUCUUUGUGCUGAGUUUUGCGGUCUUUGGCGGCAGUGGGAAGGCGCAUAGUUUUCCGAUAUGGGCGGGGAAUAAUGGGGGGUUUAGUAAUAAUAAGAAUGUAGAUUAUUGUAUGUUUAACCCGGCGAAUGAGUGA